AUGGGUAACAGACGUGUUGGGGAACACCCCCUCAACACCAAGCGGAGAGGAGGAGCUCCUCCCCCUAUGUUCCAAGCAGCUCCUCCCCCUAUGUUCCAAGCAGCUCCUCCCCAUAUGUUCCAAAGAGCUCCUCCCCCUACAUUCCAAGGAUCUCCUCCCCUAUGUUCCAACAGCUCCUCCCCAUAUGUUCCAAAGAGCUCCUCCCCCUACAUUCCAAGGAUCUCCUCCCCUAUGUUCCAAGGAGCUCCCCCUACGUUCCAAGGAGCUCCUCCCCCUAUGUUCCAAGGAGCUCCUCCCCAUAUGUUCUUUUGGUGCUCCUUCCACCCUUGUUCCAAGGGAGCUCCUCCCCUAAUGUUCAAGGAGCUUCCUCCCCUAUUGUUCCAGGAGUCCUCACGCCUAUUGUUCAAGGAGCUCCUCACCCUGAUGUUUCCAAGGGCUCCUACCCCUAUGUCCAAGGAGCUCCUCUCCCCCUAUGUUCCAAGGAGCUCCUCACCCCUAUGUUCCCAGGAGCUCCUUCCCCCUAUGUUCUCAGGAGCUCCUCCCCUCUAUAUGUCCAAGGAGCUCCUCCCCCUAUGUCAAAGGAGGUCUCCCCAUAUGUUCCGAGGAGCAUCCUCCCCAUAUGUUCUUUUGGGCUCCUCCCUAUGUUCACAAGGAGCUCCUCCCCCAUGGUUCCAAGGAGCUCCUCCCCUAUGCCCAAGGGACGGCUCUCACCCUAUGUGUCCAAGAGCUCCUCACCCCUAUGGUUUCCAAGGAGCUCCGCCCCCUAUGUUCAAGGACUCCUCCCCUAUUUCCCAAGGAGCUCCUUCACACCUAUGUUCCAAGGACGCUCCCCGUCCAGAUGCUCUCCCUCAUGGAGUCUCCACCAGAGUCCUAUACGCUGUCAACAGUGACGUGGUCUCACUAGGAGUCCUAUACGCUGUUCAAGUGACGUGGUCUCCUGGGAGUCCUAUACGCUGUCAAGCCCCCCACCCUUCUCCCCUAGCCCACCCGUCUCCCCUAGCCCACCCUGUCUCCCCUAGCCCCACCCUGUCUCCCCUAGCCACCCUGUCUCCCCUAGCCCACCCUGUCUCCCUAGCCCACCCUGUCUCCCUACCCACCCUGUCUCCCCUACCCACCCUGUCUCCCCUAGCCCACCUGUCCCUACCCACCCGUCUCCCCUAG